GCAAAUCCUAAUUCGGUAAUCCUGCUUUGCAUGUUUGAGAUUUUUGGGCUCGUCUAUCAAGUAAAGUUCUGUCUUUAUAAACUGAUAUCUGACAAUUGGACGAGGUUUAUACUAACACACAGUUUGAACUCACUAUUUUGUGUGACCUUACAACCGCCCAUAAUUGAAAGGCAAGGGUUUUUUAGAAACGGUUAGAUUUAACUUAAUGAUUAUGUAUUUCCUCAUGCUCAUUAAACGAUGGGUUCAAAUUUGAAUGUGAUAGAAUUAUCCCCUCAAACAUUGGAAAAAGCGUUUUUAGAAUUAAACGAACAACCGCAACAACGACAGAAUGCCAUUACUGAGUUAAGACAUCGUAUUCAGUUACAAAGUUUACAAGGAUGUCUGGCUGAUGAAUUUCUCCUACGUUUUCUACGUGCUAAAAAAUUUAAUCAGGAUAAUGCAUUCAGACUGUAUACAAAUUAUUACAUAUUAAGAUUACGCUAUCCAGAUAUAUUCAAUGAUUUAAGACCAUCAUUAGUUGAACACGUAUUUCAAAGUGGAGUUGUAUGUCGAUUGCCUCAACCAGAUUCAGAAGGUAGAGCACUUAUCUACUUUAGACCAGGUCUAUGGAACCCUGCAGAAUGGUCAACAAACGAUAUAUUUCGUGCUAAUGUACUUGUCAUUGAAGAAUUAUUAUUGUCUUGGCCAGCUGUACAAGUGCAUGGAGUAAUAAUUCUAGUGGACCUAUCAGGCUUUUCCUGGAGACAUGCCAUUAAUUUAAUGUCUCCUUGGUUUCUACAUCGAGCAGUACAUUUUUUACAAGGUUCAAGUCCUGUACGAGUAAAAGCUGUCCAUAUUUUCAAUAGUCCUUAUAUGUUUUCUAAAAUAUAUUCAACAUUAAUACCUUUGUUAAAACCGAAAAAUCAAGCACGUGUUGUUAUGCACAAUACAUCAUUAGAAAGUCUUCAUGCUGCAAUCCCUCCCCAUCUACUCCCGUGUAAUGGUGGUUUAAACGGGACUGGACCUCCAGUUCCAUCACCUGAAUAUAUCAAUGGUUUAUUAAACUUGGAAGAUUAUUUCAUUGAAAUGAAUAAAUAUCCAUAUCAUAUUAAUAGCAUAUCUGAAAUGUGAACAAUUGAUAAUCUAUAAACCGUUUAUUUGUAAAUUAUAUUAUUUGUCUAUGUAGAUUAUUAUCAUUAUGUUACUUAUUUUUCAAACAGACAUAUACGUGAUAUAAAUGGAUUUCUUGUGUUCUUUUCUUACGUACACUCACUCAUUCAUCAUCUGAUCAUAUUGAUAUCCGUAUAGUUUAUGUUUAAUGUUUAAUCUCUUUGUUCACUGAUCCGUUUUAUUAUUAUUAUAAACGACAAUGACAUAACAGAUAUAUGGAGAGUCUUUCAAAUUUAUAUUCAGUGUUAAUUUUUUUCUCCUGUUUUUUCUAUUUUCACUACUAAUUUCUCGAAAAUAUAUUCAUUUUGUUUC